AUGAUAAUUGAAUUUCCGCACGUGCCGAUGUUGCCACACCUUUUGAUCAGCAUCGUCUUGGCUGCCUACACCACUCUUGCUCAUCAACAGCAACAGCAGCAGCAACGGCAAGAAGAGAGACUCAACGCUCCUCGCAAACCUUAUUUUGAUGUCCAGGACGCAGACCAUUACAUUCUCAACACAAUCCAAGACGAGUACCGCGAGGACGAAAUUGCCAGUAUCUUACGAGACCCACAGGAGUUUAAAGACUUGCCACCAAUAAUAUCGCUACCUACACGCAAGCAACGUACUUUGGAACCAGGCGAGGUUCCGCAAUAUGUAUUGGACUACUCGCCCUUGGUGUACCUUUAUAGUGAAGAGAGAUAUCUACCUUAUGACAUUGCCGAUUAUGCUACACAUUUCCACGUUACUUUUGAGAAUGGUACUAUAGUACCAGGGACUGAGGAUUCGUUAACAUUGAAAAAACUAGCCAAGUUGAAACACUCUAAGCAUUUGUACAUGACCUCAAAUGAGGAUUUCGAUGUUGAUCCAGAUUGGAUUACUGGUGUGCAUAACAAGCCCAACUUGAUCACUGGCGAGAUCAAGAAUGCACCCGCGAUAUUGAUAGUGGUUGAUAAGGGUAAUGGCUGGGUUGAUGCAUUUUGGUUUUAUUUUUAUUCGUUUAAUUUGGGUCCCUUUGUUAUGGGACAGGGUCCAUAUGGUAACCACGUGGGCGAUUGGGAACAUUCCUUGGUGCGUUUUUACAAAGGCAAGCCAGUUAUUGUAUGGAUGAGUGCACAUGGCGGUGGUGGAGCAUUUUACUAUAAAAACUUGGAGAAAUGGGUGAUGGAUGAACGACACCCUAUUAUAUUUAGUGCGAGAGGAACGCAUGCCAACUAUCCAUCUGUAGGACAACACCCCCAUGACUUGCCUUAUGAUAUACUUUCGGAUUUUACUGAUCGUGGACCAUUAUGGAACCCCGAACGUAAUUACUUGGGAUAUACAUAUGAUGGUAAGCAUGUUUUCCCAGCCAAAACCAAUAGUAACCCCAAACACGUUGGAAGAGAAUGGGAAUAUGGCAAUUGGCUUGCGUUUAAGGGACACUGGGGUGAUCAGCAAUUACCCAAGGAUGAUCCUAGACAGAGCCACUCCUUGAUUGGUGGAUUCAAGUACAUUGAUGGUCCCACUGGUCCUUUGAUGAAGAAUCUUGUUAGGAUUGUUCCUUGUGAGCGUGCCAAAUGGUGGAAUUUUUGGAAGGGUUGUAAAGUGAGACAAAAUAUCAAGUGGGGCAUUGGUGUUGAGUCAGAAGGUUACAAUUGUGGCAAUUUAUUUGUCACAACAAAGCCAGGCUGGGUCAAAUCAGUCUUGCAAAAGGUUACAUGGGGUGGUGGGUUUUGUUACCUUGUGGAUACCCUAUAUGGAUAG